UUGUGCGCCUUGUGCCUGGCUCGCCUGUGUUUUGGACGUCUUCGUCGAGUUUCCGCUGAAUGAACGCCGGACUGCGUCGCUGGCUCGGUAACAGAAGUCUUUUCGGAAGCCCUCUCAGAAUUUUUCCAAAAUAGCUAACGAGGAAUCAGUGCUGGUCUGUUAUGUGGUCAUGCUGUCGGAACGGACAAACAGCUGGAGACGGUGAAUGAAGGAAAUUGGCUGGGACGCGACCUUACCUGCCUCGUGGACGUGUGCACGCGGAGAAAACCAUGUGUACCGUCCCACCGUCCUCAUCGUGGUGCCGCUUCGCCACUAGCACCUCGUUCCUGAUUGGUCUCGUGCUUAUCGGGAUUUCGACCUUGGUUCAAGGGCAAGAUGUGCAGCUGGCGGCCAUGUUCAACAGUGGUGGCGUGUCCGGGCAGAUUGUCUUCCAGCAGGCAAGUCCAGUCUCUAGCGUGAUCAUCACCGUCAGCCUCACGGGGCUAUCGUCGACAGGCACGCAGUCGCUACCCUGGCACGUUCACCAGUUCCCCAUCGAUGUAGACCUUCCCCCUAGCCAACGGUGCUCGGCGGCAUCGGUCGGCGGGCAUUUCGAUCCGGACGGCCGCGCGGGCACCAACUACACGCAGCGGUGUACGAGCGACCCGGCACUGUGCGAAGUGGGCGAUUUGAGCGGACGCCACGGCGGACUCAGCAACGCAGUGUUCAACGACAGCACGCUUGCGCUUUCUCGAUCAGCACGCAGUAUAGCCGGUCGGAGCGUUGUGAUACACCAUGCGAAUGGCAGCCGGUGGGUGUGCGCCUCGAUUGGCUACUCUGCUGCCCGCGUCACGACGGCGAUCGCACGCCUGCAGGGCACGCUGCGUGGAACCGUCGUGUUUCGGCAAGCAGCGGGCAGCAAUGACACGACCGUGCUCAUGCGACUCUAUCAGAGUCAGCUGCUCGGUGCAUUGUCCUAUCACGUUCACGCGAAGCCCGUCCGAAGCAACACCGAUCAAACCGUAGUCCGCUGCAACGCGACCGGUGGCCUCUUUGACCCGUUCGGCAUGGCCAGCGCCGCAAACUACUCUGCGCUGUGUGCUGCCCAGCGCAAUGCGUGCCAGGUAGGCGAUCUCUCGGGAAAGCACGGCACAAUCCCUGCAUCGCAGAACUUCACUACGCUGUUCUUCACGGAUACGUAUUUACCUCUUUCGGGAGUAAACACCAUUGUGAGGCGCUCCAUCGUCUUUCACAACUCCUCCUCUGACAGAGUGGUCUGCAGCAAUAUCCAAGAGCUCAGGAGCAGAAGAGCCACUGCCGUGUUUGAUUACGGCGGCGUCAGGGGUCGUGUGGAGCUGAACCAGCAGUCACCGUGGGACAAUACGAUAGUAUCGGUGCAGCUUAAUGGUCUGAUGAUGAUGGCAGGUGGCUAUCACAUCCAUGAAUGGCCUGUGCCGUGGCUAGAUCUCCUCAGUACCUUGCCGCCACUCAGCACUCGGUUUUGCGGAUCACAAGCGGUCGGAGGACACUAUAACCCCUUCAGUGCCUCAACACCGUUGCCACCAGGAUUAACGCAGGACUUCUAUGAAGUGGGAGAUCUCAGUGCGAAGUUUGGUGGCCUUGCAGGCUUGAACAGCCUGAAUGCUACGUACAGCGACACGUACAUCACAUUGUUUGGGCCGUACAGUGUUGUUGGUAGGUCCAUUGUACUGCACAAUGACAUUGCCAGCUCACCUCGCUGGCAAUGCGCCACCAUUCUCCUGGAGUCUACAACCCUGAGUGUGGCGCGUGCCUAUUUCACGGGCUCUGUGGUCGGAUCGAUCUGGUUCAUACAGGACGAGAGUUCAAAACCGUCCGAUACGACUGUGUUCUCGGAUCUUCGCCUAAUCUCCGGCAACUCUACGGCUACAUCUCACAACUGGCAUGUGCACAGCUCGCCCUUAGGUGCUGAUGGCCUUGCCACGACAUUGCGCUGUGCCAGUGCAGGCGGGCACUUCAAUCCACACAACGUCGACCUCUCUCCAGCCCUAUAUCAGUGCUCGCUGUCUAACCAGCUGCUGUGCGAAGUCGGCGAUCUUGUGGGAAAGUCAUCGCAGCUGAUGCUCUCUACCGGUGCAUCGGCAAAGCACUUCUAUACGGAUGUGGACUUGCCCGUGGCUGCAAAUGGAAUUCUGGGGAAAUCUGUCGUAAUUCAUGGUACUUUGUAUGGUGGUCGGCUGGCUUGUGCUGACAUAAGCAGGUUUGCAGUUCAACGUGGUGUGGCAGACUUUGGCACCAAGGGAAGGAUUGAUUUCUCUCAGAUCGGUCCAUUUUCGCCCACCCAGCUUGCUGUGAACGUGGCCAAUCUAGCCGGCAUGGCAGGCGGAUAUCAUAUCCACCAGCUGCCCGUGUUUUCCCACUGCGCCUCUACCGGGGGUCACUUCAACCCCCUACAGACCAUCUACAGCGGUGGGGUUGUGCCAGUUGGUGGCACGCUGGAUGCGUACGAAGCGGGCGAUUUGAGUGGAAAGUUUGGCUCACUCUCGGGUCUCGCAUCUCUGGACAGAGUCUACAGUGAUCUGCGAUUCGUUCCUCUGCUUGGCAAGCUCAGCUCUAUUGGUCGGUCGGUUGUGGUGCACUUCCCAAACGGCUCGCGUUGGUUCUGUGCCAACAUUGGGGCUCCAUCAUCGGCCAACACAACAACCCUCACGGCAACUAUAUCAAGUUCGUUUGUAACCGGGACGGUCACGCUCUCACAAAUCCCAUCCAAUCCGGCAUUGACUUUUGUCACACUUGAUCUACAGCUUGUGGCAGGUACUGGUGGUAGUACACGCCGGAAGAGACAAACUACAUCCUCUGCACCGUACACGUGGCUCCUGACGUCGUCGCCACCCUCUGCUAGCUGUAACGGCAUUGCAAUUGAUCCGAGUGGCGCAGCGCAGGCUAGCGAUUACGCACAGCGGUGCAGCCAAUCGCAACCACUCCUGUGCAGCACAGGCGACCUGUCCGGGAAGCUUGGCAACAUUAUGUUCAGUGGCAGCUCGUCGGUACUCCGUCAGUUCAGCAUCACUGAGAACCUACCUCUCAGUGGAUCCAAUUCAGUUGCCAGCACCACAGUUGUCUUGGCUGAUACAAACGGCAACAGAGCGUGUGCUCAGCUGCAAACACCAUCCACAGCUCCGACCACAUCUGCGACAACAAGUCCUACCACUGCAGCCCCAACCACUGGGAACCCGUCCACCGCACCGCCAGUUACAACACCGCCCACAAUGCAGUCAAGCCAAGGAACAACACCCGGUCCAUCGACUCAGCCAACAACAGUGCCCAAUCCAUCCACACAGCCAACAACAACUCCUAGUCCUUCAACCCAGCCAGUAACAACUUCUGGUCCUUCAACUCAGCCAGUAACAACUCCCAGUCCCUCAACUCAGCCAGUAACAACUCCCAGUCCCUCAACUCAGCCAGUAACAACUCCCAGUCCCUCAACUCAGCCAACAACAACUCCCAGUCCCUCAACUCAGCCAGUAACAACUCCCAGUCCCUCAACUCAGCCAACAACAACUCCCAGUCCCUCAACUCAGCCAGUAACAACUCCCAGUCCCUCAACUCAGCCAACAACAACUCCCAGUCCCUCAACUCAGCCAACAACAACUCCCAGUCCCUCAACUCAGCCAACAACAACUCCCAGUCCCUCAACUCAGCCAGUAACAACUCCUAAUCCCUCAACUCAGCCAGUAACAACUCCCAGUCCCUCAACUCAGCCAACAACAACACUCUCCCCAUCCACGCAACCAACCACAACGCCCAGUCCGUCUGGCACAACAGCAGCACAGCCCAUCACUACUCCCCAGGGCACCACUUCUGCUCCCAUGACAACCAUAACCCCAUCCGUACCCGUGACAACCAUGGUUGUUUCUAGUACUCCUGCAACAACCAUGGCACCUUCCACCCCCAUAAGAACUGCACCAAGUACACCUACAACUAUGGCUGCCUCCACUCCCUUGACAUCUGAGGAGAUCACCUCCCACAUGACAAGCUCGACCACGGGAGCCACAUCUGCCACUGGUACACCGAAUCCCGCAAUCACUACAGGUACCUUGUCUGCGCCGUCCACCGUUCCAACACCACCUCUGACUAGUGCGGCCAUAGUGGCAAGUGUAUCAACAACUGCCCUGGGCACAACCACUGCAGCAGCCACUACACCAAUAGUAACCACUCCAGCAGCCACCACCCCACCAGCCACCACCCAACCAGCCACCACCCCACCAGCCACUACCCAACCAGCCACCACCCAACCAGCCACCACCCAACCAGCCACCACCCAACCAGCCACCACCCAACCAGCCACCACCCAACCAGCCACCACCCCACCAGCCAUCACCCAACCAGCCACCACCCCACCAGCCACCACCCCACCAGCCACCACCCAACCAGCCACCACCCCACCAGCCACCACCCAACCAGCCACCACCCCACCAGCCACCACCCCACCAGCCACCACCCCACCAGCCACCACCCAACCAGCCACCACCCAACCAGCCACCACCCCACCAGCCACCACCCCACCAGCCACCACCCAACCAGCCACCACCCCACCAGCCACCACCCAACCAGCCACCACCCAAGCAGCCACCACCCCAGCAGCCACCACCACCCCAGCAGUCACUACCCCAGCAGCCACCACUGCAACAACAUUCAUGACAACCACGGCUGCUAUGACAUCACCCGGUUCAACUCCUAUGGCAACAACAGCUGCUAUGACAUCACCCGGUUCAACUCCUAUGGCAACCACAGCUGCUAUGAUAUCACCUGGUUCAACCCCUAUGGCAACAACAGCUGCUGUGAUAUCACCCGGUUCAACUCCUAUGGCAACAACAGCUGCUGUGAUAUCACCCGGUUCAACUCCUAUAGCAACAACAGCUGGUAUGACAUCACCCGGCUCAACUCCUAUGGCAACCACAGCUGCUAUGAUAUCACCUGGUUCAACCCCUAUGGCAACAACAGCUGCUGUGAUAUCACCCGGUUCAACUCCUAUGGCAACAACAGCUGCUGUGAUAUCACCCGGUUCAACUCCUAUGGCAACAACAGCUGCUAUGACAUCACCCGGCUCAACUCCUAUGGCAACCACAGCUGCUAUAUCACCUGGUUCAACCCAUAUGGCAACAACAGCUGCUGUGAUAUCACCCGGUUCAACUCCUAUGGCAACAACAGCUGCUAUGACAUCACCCGGCUCAACUCCUAUGGCAACCACAGCUGCUGUGAUAUCACCUGGUUCAACCCCUAUGGCAACAACAGCUGCUGUGAUAUCACCCGGUUCAACUCCUAUGGCAACAACAGCCGCUGUGACAACACCUGGUUCAACUCCUAUAGCAACAACAGUGGCCAUGACAUCACCCGGUUCAACUCCUAUGGUAACAACAACUGCUGCUAUGACGGGAACCACAUCAGCGGCAACUGCGGCAGUGACAUCACCAGCAGGAUCCAUGGCAACAAUGACAUCAUCAGCGCAGACUCCGUCAACGCAAGCGGGAGGCAUGUCAUCAAGCAUCACCGGCGCGGCAUCGACGACAUCAUCAGUGACAUCAUUGGGAGCUAGUAAUACACUGGGCGGUAGUACAGGUACAUCAGCACAGUCAGCCUCCACCAACCAGGCUAGCUCCAUGACCAUGCAAUCAACAGACAGCACUCCCACAGCUGGAGCUGCCACCACAAAUUCACCCGCCCCAUCCACAAUGGCUGCCACGACGACGGGUCCAAACACUCAAACCACAAUGCCCACCACAGGGCCGAGCACGGCUCCUCCGGUAGCCACCACGCCAGUUGUUCUUCCACCGACCCAGCAGCCCGUGAUGUCAAGCACUCCAGUUCUCCCGGCAACCACUACUCCGGCGACCGAGGGCAGUACUGAUGCGGCCGGUGGUGGCGGUGGAGGCGGUGGUCUCUCUGCUGGUGCCAUAGCUGGCAUAGCUGCCGGGGCUCUGCUGGUCCUGUUCAUCGUCUUCCUGGCAAUCAUGUACUGUCGCAAGCACUCGUCCGCCAAGCACAGCUUCAUCUCCAGCUCCUCGGCGCCAGACAGCUACAGCACCAUGACACCGGCCAAUCAGAACAGCGUGGACACGGUCAGCGGGACAUUUCAUCGUGGCACCGCUGACAACGUGGAGAUGGGUAGAAUGCGUACCAAUACCGUGGUUGUCACCGCCGAAAUGAUGUCUAACGAGAAGCACCACUUUGUUGCCAUCUAUAACUUCGCUGCCACGCAACCUGAUGAGCUGGACCUGAAGGUCGGCGACAUUGUCAUCAUCACAAAGAGCAGUGAAUCCGGCUGGUGGAGGGGUGUGAUGCGGGAAACAGGCGAGAAAGGAUGGUUCCCAGCCGAGUACGUCGUGAGAAAGAUGGAUAUGCAAGAUGAAGAGACGACGGGCUUUGGAGAUGCUGAAACUGCCGAGGCAGCAGCAGAUGCAAGCAUGGUCUCAACGACUACUUCGCAAUCCUACAGCAACGAAGAUCAGCCAUUGAUCAGUGGAGAAGGUAACAGUGCAGCCGAACAGGGCACAGGCAGCGCCGCCGAGGAUGCGGCUGAGAGCUCCGGCGGUGGUCUCAGUGUCAUGCUGGCCAGUGCGCUGAGAAAGCGUGCCGACAGCAAGAGCCACAACCUUUCGUCCGUCACGGAAGAACGCGGCCUGCUCUCGGCUGAAGAAGCCCCGAUGCAGGACCCAUCCGACUCCUAUUCCCAGUGGGGAGACAACUCGACAAUGCAGUACCCAGAAGAUAAUAGUACUGUCUUUGCGAAUGCACAGGCUGAUGACGGAUAUCCAAACACUGGAGUUGAACAAUCUUCCGCUGAUUUAAGCAACACACAGUCACAAACACCUCACCGCGCUACACAGCCGCAGAAGGAGACCGGACAGCGCAAGACCUCCUCGGUUCGGAAACCGUCUGCAGCGCCACCUCCACCGCCUGCAAAACCAACGGCUGCACCCCCACCACCCCCUGUAGCUGCAGCUGCGGUGACGACAGCGGCGGCGGCAGUAGUUGCUGAACAGCCAACGAGCACAGCACCCGAUGUGCACACGUCUGCCCAGUGGCCGGCAAUUUCGGAGGAGGUUUCUUCUUCAGCCGACGCAUCAAACCAGGGUGCUUCCUCGACUGAUGAUGCUCCAACUGGCAUGGCUGCACUGUCGGCAAAGCUUGCUGCAGCAUUCGUCGGUGGUGUGGCACUGAAACCCCAAGCUCAAGAUGAUGGUAAUCAAUCCAGUGCCACUCCCGUUGCCGCUUCGGAGGUCCAGACCGACCAUCCAGCAGUGACGGAGAGUUCACCGUGGGAUUCUGCAGCCGUGGAACCAGCGGUGGUAGCUGUGGAUGUAGCUGCUACAACAACGGCCGCAUCACCAGACACGGUCACUGCUGCUACUGCUGCAUCUAAUCAGCCAGAUCUUGGGACGUUUGAGAUCCUCUAUGACUAUGCACCCACGCGAGAUGAUGAACUAGCCCUGGUGGCCGGAGACAAAGUCAAAGUGCACGAACGAAACGACGAAGGCUGGGCGCGUGGCACCUGCCAGCAACUCAGCGGCUGGUUCCCAGGGAAUUAUAUCAGUGAAUCGCCCGAGCCAGUCGAGGAGGAUGUGAAGAAUGAAGUGCGUAAGAUGGUUAGUGCACUGCACCUGGACACCGUAGCUGCAGCAGCAGCUGCCCCAGAACCCGAUGCCAACCGGCCGGAAGAGAAACAAGAUGAAACGCAGACAACAGUAGAACAAACUCCUGUAGCGGUAUCCCCGGCUGCCGACAGCUCCAACACCAAAACAGAGACCGAUCAGUUUGUCGAGCAGGGAAUUGAACAUCGUGCACUGUACGCGUACACAGCACAGCGGGAUGAUGAGCUGACAUUUGAAGACGGCUGCACAGUGCUGGUGUUCGACACUCCGGACAGUGGGUGGUGGAGAGGCGCGGCGGGCGAGAGGACUGGCUGGUUCCCAGGCAGCUACGUUGAGCCUAUUCUUACCAUGUACGAUGCUGGAGAUCAGGCCGAGGAAGCUACUUCUGCAGCAGCAGUGCCGGUAGUCGAAUACAACGCUACACCGGCCACUGAAGCUGCUGAAACAUUGAGUGCCCAGGAGCCUGCUAAGCAAGAAGAUGCUGAACCGUCACCAGCCAUGCCCGCCAUGGGUGGUUUCCAGGCUGAGCUACUGAAGAGCUUGAAUAAGACAAAGCGCACACCGGCAGCUGCCACCGAGACUGGGCCACAGCCACCGGUGGAGAAAGCAGUCGAAGUAUCGCCACAUCACGUCGAACAGACUCCAGCAUCCGUAUCUACAGCCGAGGAGCCCGUGUCCACUACACCUGUUAUCCCUACACCUGUUAUCCCUACACCCGCACCAGUACAAUCUACAGCAGCACCCGCACCAGCACAGAAAGAGGUACCUCUCACCAGACGGCAAACCAAGCGCAAGGCGCCGGUUGCGCCCCAAGCUCGCAAGAAGAACAUGCUACAGGUCCGCGAUGGCAUGGCAGUUGUGCAGCGUGAGUUUGUGCACAAAGCGCCGGAGCCAAGCACUACUAGUGCUACCACUACAAAUACUGCUGAUGUUGCAGAAACUCCUGCAGGAGAAGACACAGCACCGACUGAUGCUCCAGCAGCUGCAGCAACAACACACCGCCGUCCUCCGCCUCCAUCGCGACCACUUCCACCACCACCCACCCGGCCAGUACCUGCUGAGCCCAAGAAGAAGCAGCGGUCUCAUCGCCGCUCUGCACCACCACCACCCAAGCGCGGCAUGACACCUUCGACCUCAACGUCGACCGUGGGGCAAGCUGCCAACACUUCAGCUCCACAGCCGCCAGCACCAGCAGUACCAAACGUGGUCGCUCAAGCAGCAGCCAAGGAAGCUAAGCCGGCACCUGCUCACCCGGCUGAGCCACCUAGCAAUGCGGGCAAGUCCAGCUCAGUCCCUGCUCCCGUCAAGCUACCCCUGCUCACCAGUCCCAAGGCAAAGCCUAGUGUGGACAAUGUGACCAAGCCUGCGACGGUCCCAACAACCAAACCAACAGGCGGAGGAGAGUCUUUAACAGAGCUCGUGGACGACGUAGAUGAUUUGAUGAGCUCCCUGGAAAAGCCGCCGGUAGCCAGCUAUACUAAACAGCCCAAGACCAUCACCCCUGUGAAGUCAGAUACCCGUCCCGAGAAGCCAUCGGUCACACCGCCCAAAGAUGCGUCUACAACUCCCGCCGGCAACAAGGAGCGGAGGUCUGCACCAGGGAAGCCUCAAAAGAAAGCAGAGACACCGACCACAGCAGAACAGCCAGCAGCUAAGAAGGAUUCCAGUGUGGAUGGCGCGCAGUCAUCAGAUCCAUCUGGGAGUAAAAAGUUGGCUGCAUCAGCGCCAACAAUAGCAGUGCAAAAACCUGCCCCAACCAAACCUCCAGAGGCACCGGUCACAUCAGGCAAACCCAGCACAUCAGGCAAACCCAGCACCCCAGGCAAACCCAGCACAUCGGCCAAGCCCGGCGCAGCCCCAAGAACAGCAUCCAAGCCUCCCACGGCAGCACGGCCUCGGCCACGAGCAGCUGUAGCUGUGGCUGCGACUGGCGCUGGCACUGCAAGUGAGCCGGUAUUGGAUCCUAAACAAAUUAGCAAUGAUCCACCACGUGCAGUUUCUCCUAAGCCACCCAGCAGACCAAAACCCAGACAACAGCCAGCAGCAGUAAAGGCAGAAGAUCCGACACCUGCUGACACUGGCAACAGUGCUGAGACGUCCAAAGCUCAACCACCUAAGCCACGGCCAGUGCGGACACCCGCAGUUUCUGCUCCUGUUGCUCCUUCUCCUUCGGAAGAGAACGGUGCAUCGCUCGCACUUGGAAAGGAGGAGAAACCAAAGCCAUCACCGAAACCUCGUAGGGUGACACAGAGCACCACGGAGAGGUCCGGUGUGGAUGUCAAAGCCGAGUCCAAGCCUGAGGAACGUCCUGCAUCGCCAGCAGAAGCACCAGACGAGCCGGCUUCAAAGCCAACGGCACCGAAGCCAGCCAUUGCACCCUACAAGCAAUACAAGAAGAGCAGCUCUUCCCAAGACGACGCAGAGAAGCCUAGUCAGCCUCAAACAUCUACUACUCAGCGACCAACAGAAGCAGUAGCAGCAGUGCCAAAAAAGCCUGGUCCACAGAGACCCUCAGCUGGUCCGAAGAGGCCAACAACUGGACCAAGCAGACCACCGCAGGCCGCAGCAACUGCGCCUAGCUCUGAGACGACUGCAUCUACACAGCCAAAGCCAGGCCGGCCAUCGCGACCUCCUUCAGGACCAACAACACCUGCUACGUCCCCGACUUCUCCAACCUCUCCUGGCUCCAGUGAAGGCAUCGGUGAGGAGCCGAAGGCCAAGCCUCGUAGACCGACGGUCAACACCAAGGCAGUAAAAGCUGCACCUCGCUCCGAAAAGUCGAGCUCGAAGAGCAGAGCAGCCGAGGGUCCCCCGACACACCCAGCGCCAGUUUGCUCGGCAAAGGCAGUGCGCACUGGAAGCAGCACUGUGCUGACCGCUGUCAUGUCGUAUACCGCUGAAUCAGAUGCAGAACUCACCUUUGAGAAGGGCGUCUGUAUGAUGGAACUAGAGCCGGCAAAUGAAGAUGGAUGGGCGCUCGGCUUGACUGACGAUGGAAAGCAAGGGUACUUCCCCAUCACAUACUUCUUCAGCUGAGCACGCUCGUCUGCAGCUCAAUCAGUCAAGGGCAAGACAGAGUAUUGGACUGCAGCUUGGUUGCCAUCCAACAGGCAAUCAUGCUCGCCGCUAGGUAACUGGAUAGACACCACAUGCACUGGCUGUAUGUGCUGUAAAUUGUGUAAGCGUUUUCGAAAAUAGUGCAGUUUACCGGGGUAGUUCCUGCUGGACCUUCUUGCAUAAUAGUUUGUGCUACUGGGAUUCCCCCUUCUAUUUCUGUAGGUCCCAGUUCCCCCUCUAUAGCAGGCCGGCCUGCCCUGAAUAUGAGAAUAAUUUUCACAGUAUACGAGUACACAUAAUGCAUUUUGUGUAACGAAUGCUUCGGAUCAGAGUGAAUAUCGUAAUUAUUGUGUAAUUUUUGAAUGUAUCUACAUGGACUGUAUUUUCAAGUUUUCGCUUUACCUUUCUGCAAAGCUAUUAUGUCAUUCACUCGUUCGAGGGAAUGGCUACCCGACGUGCGAUUGUUUUAUACUCCAAAGCAUCUGCAGGCAGGCCUGCAGGUAGUCACCGAGCCACCCUGAACUGCAUUUGUCUGCCUUACUAUGCGCCCCCCCCCCUUUUCCUGAUCACAAGUCCUUUCUCUUUCUUUGCCUGGAGGCUGGCCUCCACUGCUAUACUGUAUUUACACAUGAACAUUGUACACGAUGAAAACAUCAUUGGCUCUACCAA